AUGGAUCAAUCAGCGAUUGUCGAAGAUAUUAUAUCUACAAAAAAUACUAUGACAAUUCUACAUCGGAUUUACAGUGUUAAUCAUAAUUCACUCCAACAGUUUUCGUCCAUCUUCGAUCUUAUCACCGAACUGAUUGACAUCUGCACUCGUUCAUCUGUCAAACAACUUGAAAGCGUCGUUAAGUCGAACGAAUCGGAAUCGAUUUUCAAUAAACUGAAUAAUAUCCUCGAUAAACUCAGCGAUGCAAUCACAACGAAGAAUACUUCAGCAAUUGACAGUUUGAACGAUCAGCUCCUGUCUUGUGUUGAAACAUUUCGAUUAUGUUCUUCGCAUAGAACUAAUAACGAAGAAACUGCGGAUAGCUUAUUCAAAAAACAAUUAACACAGUCGCAUACCAAUGAUUUAAUAGAGAGAAGUUCUAGUGAACGUGACUUAUCACCUGAGUCUAAUACUGAUCAUAAACAAAUUUUCGCCCCAGCACCUCCUCCAGUGCCAAUGGUGGAAAUCGAGAAAGCGCCUAAGGCCAACGACUAUUUUUCGCAAUUUCGCUUUGCACGCAAACCGAUCCGUUCGUCUGCAAUCGAAGAAGACGAAAACGCUUCUGUAUCGCCUUCUUCCAGUGUAUCAACGAACGUUCUUUCGACUGAAAAAUCGACACCAAGUAAACCACGAUUGAUGAUUAGCUACAAUCACGGUUCGAAAUCACUCUGUGUUGAAAUCUACAAUAACUUAACAAACGAUGGUUACCGUGUAUGGAUUGAUCAACAAGAAAUGCAUGGAAGUACACUGAUUGCAAUGGCACAAGCUAUCGAAGAAUCGGAUAUUGUCAUUUAUUGUAUGACGGAGAAAUAUAGUGAAUCGCGUAAUUGUCAAAAGGAAGCUGAGUAUGCAUUCGUUCGACAAAAGAUCAUGAUCCCAUUACUUUUACAAUCGAAAUACAAACCAACGGGUUGGCUUGGACUUAUUCUAGGUGCUGAUUUUUAUAUCGAUUUUACCAAGAACGAAUUCAUUCAGAAUUAUCAAAAACUUAAAAGUGAAAUCGAGUCGCAUGCAAUGCGUAUGAACAAAGAUGAAAAUAAUGAUGUGAAACCGAUUUUAUCUUCGAAUACAGACGAUCCAAAACCUGAUCCUCCUCCAUUACAAUCAGUGCAAACAAAACCAAAUUCAUCUGAGAAAGAGUCUCGUAGUUGCGUUCUUUUAUAG